UUGGCAUCAGACGUCUUGCCACACUUGACCAGCUUGACAGAGCUCUACCUCGUCAACUGCGCCAUCACGGAUCUCGGCGCCUCUGUGCUUUUACCAGCGAUUACGACGCAGGCCUACAUCGCGACGCUCAAUCUCAGUCGCAACUACGUCGGCCCAGCGUUUGGCACGGAGCUGAGUGCCUUUAUUGCAAGCAACACGGUCGUGCACACGCUCCACCUGAGCUCGAUCGGUCUCGGUGACGCGCCACCGUCGCCGCUCGUGGUGGCGUUGGCGUCCAAUCGCACGCUGCGACGCCUAUCGCUCGGCGAGAACCGCCUGCGGAACCAAGGCGCGGUCGCCGUCUUCCGCGCACUUUUGCAGCGCGCGGCGUUGCUUCCGUUCGACGCCGUGGACCUCCGCGGCAACUUGCUCAGCGAUGAUGGGCUCCAAAGCCUCGUGGCGGCAACAUCCGGACGCAAGCGCAAGGCGUCGCAGCUCACUUGGUCGUCGGACGCGCACCUGAUCGACGAGCUCAACCUCCAGGACAACGUGUUUCAACCCGAGACUGUUCGAGAGGCUUCUCAGCGCUUUGCUCCUUGCAUCCAGCAUGUCUUUAUGAGCCACGUGGAGCCCGCAUCGACGGUCGCGUACGACGACGAAGCCUAG